UAGAGACUCCAUUUCCAUCUCUCUCAAAGGAAUUAACAUAGUUGAAAAAAGAGAGAGAUAAACAUGACUUCUACACUUCAACUCCAUAGAAUCAACCCUAACACCGCCGCUACACUCGCCGGAAACUUCCACAAACAACCGGAACAACCACCCACAUGGAUAACCCCCCUAACCAACACCUCUCUCCCUAACAACCUAUUCCACUACCACACCCACGCAGUGGGCCCAAACCAAUGCUGCUCCGCCGCGGUGCAAUCCAUCUCCGCCCCAAUCGACACCGUAUGGUCCCUCGUCCGCCGCUUCGACAACCCGCAAGCUUACAAACACUUCCUCAAGAGCUGCCACGUCAUCGUCGGCGACGGAGAAGUCGGUUCGUUGCGUGAAGUCCACGUCAUCUCCGGCCUCCCCGCAGCUUCGAGUAUUGAGAGGUUAGAGAUUUUAGACGACGAAAAUCAUGUUAUGAGUAUCAGUAUUGUCGGCGGCGAUCACAGGCUGAAUAAUUAUCGGUCCGUCACGACGCUUCAUCAGACGGCGGACGACGAGGGAACAACGAUAGUGGUGGAAUCGUACGUUGUGGAUGUUCCACAGGGGAAUACUAAGGAAGAAACAUGUGUUUUUGUUGAUACAAUUGUACGGUGCAAUUUGCAAUCGUUGGCCCAAAUCACUGAAAAUUUGGAGAAAAUCAAAGAGUAACUAAUCGUGAAAAAUUUAAAUCUUUGUACAUUUCUUCGAUCCUUCCUUCUUUUUUUUUUUUUAAUUUUGAUUUAAAUAGACGGAGUUUUUAUUAUUGUUGAUCCCGAAGCGGAUGAAUUCUCUCAAAUGUUCUUAUAACUGAACCCGUUGCAUACUUGCUCUUCUGGAUAUUUAUGGGUUCAUAAGUUAAUAUUUGUUGAAAUUUAGCGAUUUUUUACGUAUA